AAUGAUCGAUGUUAAAUCCUUACUCGCUUCAAGGGAAGAAUAUGUUUCCUCUCUCAGGUGAGACCUCCCCUCUAUCACAAGAAGAGUUAUGUCAGCUAGCCCUAAGAGAAACAGGGUGUGCAUCACAAGAGGCCCACAGGUGCAGAACCUGAUAAAAAAUAAUGACAAGAAGAUUGUUUAUAAGUAUCAGAACUUUGCAGUGCGAAGUAAUGAAUUCAUAAAUAAGCCUGUAACACUAAAUCAGAGAAUCAAAAUGAGAAAGGAAAUGAAAGACUACCUCAAAAUUUCAUGGAAAGUUCAUAAUAAACUUAGAUGAUUCAGUCCAGGUAAAUUAAGCUCAAACAGACUUCUUGCUCAAAAAUUCAUCAAACACACCCCAAAACCUCAAAGAAUCCAUCUACCAACCCACACCCCUUACAAUAAUUCUUAACUAACUUCCAUCUCUAAA